UUGCAAAAUAACGAGCGUGAUAUCACCGGCACUUGACCAACUCUCUUUCUUCUUCCAUUAUAUUUCCCGUAUCAUGAACAGUUGGUAGGACUCUCUCUUCUCUCUUCUCUUCUUUAUUCGCUGAAGCCUUCAGAUAACUGCCUGAAAAUCUCCGACUAUAAUCUCAGGCGAUGAGUACUGAGGAAGAGAAGGUCGUUGUUCCAAGAAACUUUAGAUUGUUGGAAGAGCUAGAAAGAGGUGAGAAAGGUAUCGGUGAUGGAACCGUGAGCUAUGGAAUGGAUGAUGCCGACGAUAUUCUCAUGCAGUCUUGGACUGGCACCAUCAUUGGUCCUUAUAGUACUGCAUAUGAAGGAAAAAUAUUUCAACUCAAGCUUUUCUGUGGAAAGGAUUACCCACAAAACCCACCUACUGUGAGGUUCCAGACCCGGAUUAACAUGGCUUGUGUUAACCCUGAUAAUGGAGUGGUUGAACCGAGUCACUUCCCUAUGCUUUCCAACUGGAAAAGAGAAUACACCAUGGAAGAUUUACUGAUGCAGCUUAAAAAAGAAAUGAUGUCACCUCAGAACCGCAAGUUAUCUCAACCGUUGGAAGGUAAUGAGGAAGGGAGAACAGACCCAAAGGGACCUGUGGUGAAAUGUUGUGUCAUGUGAAGGAUAAGGCUGAUAGGAAAAGGAGGUUGAAGAGGUCAUCAAAAGAAGAGACUUUGCAUAGAUAUCUGGAAAAGUAAAAGGUUGGAGGGUGGGAAAGCAUAUUUUACUUUUAAAUUUUUGGCAGAAUCAUGAAACUUGUUUCUAGUCAUGCAAGUGAUGCUAGCUAAUCUUGAUCUUGCAGUAACCAAACAUUUUAUAAGUAAAUUUACCAGACAACAAAAGUACUUGAGUGAUUGUAAAUGUCAGUGUACUUCAGGAAGCGAUACGUUUUUUCUAUUAGUUUAGAUGCAAAACAAACUUGAC